ACCACUCAAUCGCGAUUAGAUACAGACCGAACUUUAGAAAAUGAAUCAGAUAAAUUCAGAGCAAGUGUAACUUCAUGUCACUUCUGCUGUUACCUUACGAACCCGCACAAUGCUCUUAUCGAUUACAGUUGCCGUCGUCAUCUUGGCUUUUAAAGGCAUCGUCGGCGAGGCAUGUUUUGCCAGUGAUUUUACAUGUAACGACGGUCAGUGUCUAUCGAUAUGGAAAAAGUGCAACGGCAUUGCGGAUUGUUCAGAUGGCGCCGACGAAGAUAUUGCCCUCUGUAGAGUUGGUGCCAGAAAUGUUUCAAUUGGUGAGAAGCUUAUUGCAAGAGUGCAAUAUAAAUGGGAGUUUUAUAACUUGGAUGUGUACUUAUGCAACAGCACCAAUUGCACCUCAAUGUCCUUCGAUGGAUACACACCUGAUGGACGAUUGUGCACUAUCACGUUUACACGAAGUGUUAACGGCCUUUUUCUUAUUAAAGAGUUAUCCAGCUACAUGUGGCGCAAUGAACUCUGGAGAGUUUAUCUUUGAAAUUGAACGCCGUUUUGAUGGCCUAUCAAUAUGGCUUUAUGGCCACGCCAAUAACAGAAAGUGGUUCUCCGCACCGAAAGAUUACAACGAGCUUCUUAUAAGACCUUCAGACUGGUACCACGACAUGGCUAUUCAGUUCAGUGGUGACAUAGGGGUUCCUAACGGCCAUGAAUUCCAAUGCAGUGACGGCCAAAUCUUAAGUGUCAUCAGUAAGUGUGACGGUGCACGAGAUUGCAGUGACGGUGCCGACGAGGACCCAGCUGUCUGCAACAACUCAAGCGUUGAUCUGACCAGGAGCGAUGCAAGUGCGCAGGUCAUGUACAAGGCAGAGCAUGGCCCCCUCCACUUCCUCUUCUGCAACAGCAGCGAGUGCACUAAUAUCAGAAUAGUGCCCUGUGCGGAAGGGGGAGGAGGGCAACAACGUAAAUUCCGUUACGACAGUUGCAACGCUGAGGGCGUUUUCUGCAAUGGGGGGGCGGGGAGCUUUUGUGAGUACGAAGAGAGCUGGCCUACUGGUGUGUAUAUAUUCGACGUUACCUUAAAGGAACCACAAAGGCAAUCGAGAAGUGUGGAGAUACGACUCCGAGGCGCAGGACCAUUCGCAUUUGACUCUGUAGGCGAAGGACACACUCGGCUAAGGAUAAGACCCGGCAACUGGAUCAGUGACAUGCCAGUACAAUUUGUCGCAAUGCCAGGAAGCACAUCAACCGUAACAACGCCGAUCAGCACACCUGUGACGUUUCCAAGUACUUCUUCGACAUCUACGUCAGCUCUUCCUGAACAAACAACAACUACCGAAACAACGCCUACCACCAAGUCUUCAUGGCCGCCCCUACCAGCACCGUCUACUUGCGACCCAAGAUACGCAUACCUCCUCAUUCCUGAGCCAGGCCGCUGUGAUGGGUACCGGAUAUGCCUCUCAGGGCGCUCGAGUGGGGCUACCUGCCCGCCCCCGCUGCUAUUUAGCUACCAUCUGCAGGACUGUGCCCUGCCAAACUACGUGGACUGCUAACAGCACAAUAAGAAAAAGACCUGUGGCAUUCCACGAAGUACUUGUUGUAAUGUUAAUGAGACGAUUAAAAGGAUAAGAGAACUGUCA